AUGGCGAUGUACGAUCGCCUACUUUCCACAUACCAACUUGUUGCUUUUCAAGAAACGAAGUUCGUCAAACAAGACUCUAUCCAGACGAAUGAGCACUUCAUUUGUUCGACGGAUUCUGGUGCCCAAUGCUUUUGGUCCGAUACGACUUCGCCUAUUUUUAAUGAGCGGCACGGCGUCGGGCUUGUGCUCUCUUCUGCGUCACCUUUUCAAGAAGUUCGAGAUUUGACUUCUAGCGUCUGCACCUCGCAACUCAAGAACCGCUAUUUGCUUCUUCAAGCCAAACUGGGCGAUGAUCCAGUCUUUACAAACGUGGUUUACGCUCCCGAUGAACCUUCCGAGCGCGGUGAAUUUUUUCGAUUGCUGCCGACCAUGUUUGCCGGCGUUGAUAUGGAUUGCUCGAUCAAACGCAUUGUUGUCGGUGAUUUCAAUGUCACCUUGGAUAAUUACCUGGACCAAAAAUUACCUGCCCUCCAUCAUCCUGGUACUGGACGUGAAGACCUUCUUGCCUGGCUGGACGCUCUCGGCUUAAUGGACUCUUGGCGCCAUAUGAAUCCUGACGGCCGAGACUACACCAGCCCCAAACGCAAGAACCGCUUGGAUUAUUGCUUUCUUACCGUUCAUCUAUUACAGGACCACUUGGAUAAAGUGUGCCACGUACGCGAUCGAAAGUGGCAUACUGGAGAUCAUAUUCCUGUGGAAUUUCGCCUUCAAGCGAAAAUUGUACCUCGUGGCAGGCCGCCCCCUUGGCGCUGCCCUACUUGGCUUUUGGAUGAUGCUUCAGUUCAAGACUAUUUACGGAUAUCUGUGAACAACUUGGCCCGCCGUAUUAAGGUGUUUCCUGGUGCCAAUCCCGGUUGUUUAUUGGACGAACACAAGCGCGCGGACUGUAUAUUUUUGAAGCGACGGUGGCUGGAACUUCGUGACAUUGAUGACAGACGCGCUUCUGUACUCGUUGAAGCAGUCAAUGAUGCUCAAGAUCUUUACAACUCCACACCAACGGACGCUACCUUUGAGAUAGUGGAGCAGUCCAAGUUGCUACUUAAAACCCAUCUGGAGGAUGUCAAAGCUCGAAAUCAGUACAAGCGAUUUGCUGCCGACUUACAAUCCAGCGAACGCGCCACUACACAUUUUUUUCGACCACCUCAGCAAGACUGUAUGCAGUCUCCAAUCACUGGUUUUCGGGGCGCCGAUGGAUUAAUUACCGACGACCCUACCGCGAUAGCUACUGGCCAUCGCCAAUUUUGGGGUCAACUUUUUCAGUCGCCUUCUCCCGAUCUGUAUGAUCGACGAUCCGCCACGUACCAGCCUCUUCGCCUGGUUGAGUACCUACAAGAUACGAAGACACGGCUUUCGCCGACUUACGUUUCCAUGAUGGAUGCGCCUUUAACGGCGAAUGAUUUCUACUAUGCGAUUUCGACGUCCAAGAAUGGAAAGGCUCCAGGUCCUGAUGGCCUUCCUAUUGAGUAUUACAAGGUGGAUGUUCACUCUUGGGCGCGCAUCUUUGAAGUUAUUUACGAUAAUCAGCUUCACAACGGCCAGAUGACCAAGUUUCAGCGACGUGCCCAUCUAUCGUUGCUUUACAAGUCGGGAGAUCGCACGUUGCCUGCGAAUUACCGGCCACUUACGCUGCUUAACCACGAUGCUAAGCUUGGUCCCAAGAUUCUAUCUUAUCGUUUAAGGCUUGUGCUACCAGAUCUCAUUCACGCUGAUCAGAGUGGAUUUAUCAAAGGUCGCUCAAUUCGACACUCACUUCUUCGGUUCCAAGAUCUUCAAGAUUUUUGCAAGACUCAUCAUAACGAUGCUUGCGCUGUGAUGUUGGACUUUGCCAAGGCUUUCGACAGUGUUUUGUGGCCCGCUCUGGAUUUAGUGCUUCAUCACUUUGGUUUUGGAUCUACUUUUCGGGCUUGGAUCAAGACAUUUUACCACCACACAUCGGUCAGCAUCAUGCUGAAUGGGUCUCCGGGUGAUCCUUUCGUGCUAGGUGCCGGCGUUCGCCAAGGUGAUCCCCUAUCACCUGGCUUGUUCGUCCUUUUCAUUGAGCCCAUGAUGAACUUUCUCCGGGCUCGAUUUUCGGAUCGUGGUAUUUUAGUCGACGGUUCUUGUGAGCCUCACUUACUUCUUGCGUUUGCCGACGAUUGCACCGGACUCUUGAAGGAUAUGGAAGACGCUGAUGGAUUUCUUGGUCUGGUGAACGACUACUCUACCGCCGCAGGCCUUCGGCUUAACGUCGACAAGACUUCUGUAAUGCCUUUUUCGCAUCGAGUUUCUCGAUCUAAACUGGAUAAUUUGCGCGCUACUUCUCCAUUUAAGGUUCUUGGCGUGACGGACACUGUAAAAUUACUUGGAAUUUUGCAAGGCUCCACCAUCACGGCUGAUGAACGGUUUUGCCACAUUCUAUUGAAGCUUCGCGCGCGUUGUGCCAUUUGGAAAUACAGGGCACGCACACUUCGUGGUAAAAUUGUGCUUCUGCAGAGUAUUAUCUUGCCGCUUCUCUGGUAUACUGCAAGCGUGACUUGUUUUACUGCUACAAUGCUGAAAAAUGUGGAUGUCAUUAUACGCAACUUUAUCAGUGGAGUGAAUACCGACAGUGACUCGGCUAGUCCUGGCAAGUUUUCUAAAGACUGGAUCUACACGUGUAUUAGUCAAGGUGGACUUGGACUUACUCCUGUCAAGGAGUUUAUUCAAGCCAUGCAUCUCAAGUCGUUGGGGGACGCCAUUUCCGCGACUUGCAACCAUUGCGCGGCCCCACGUUGGAUGACUCCCGCACUAUCGCUCUUUUCGAUGGCUAUGGGAUCUCAAGGUGCUGGUUUCGACAUUCUCUACGCGGUUGUGAAAGGCAAAUGGGACUAUCUUCCCGACUUCUGGUUUUCUACUCUACGACUAUGGACAGAUCUCCACAUGUCUUUUGGGUCUUCAGACUGGAAGGCCUUUUCGCAAACAGCGCCUUUCUGGAAUAAUUUUAACCUUUUGUUCGGUUCGACCCGACGCCCAUUGGUCAAGCUAUCCAAAAACAAUUCCCUUUUAAUGGAUCACGAUCUUUUUCGACAACAAGACUUUGUGGAUAUUUCUUCUUCGUAUGCUACGUCUGGAUUUCUGGACACUCUUUUGGACGUCAAUGAUUUCUCGCGUUCGGCUUCCAAGACUCUCUUUAUCCGGCAAAUUAUUCCAAGGCUUAAUCUUCUCACUUUUCAUGAUUCGCCUUUGUUUGGCCCGGUGUUCCCGCCUAUGGUUGAAUCGGCUCGCCAUGGAUGGCGUUUUGGUGAUCAGUUUGUCACCGAUAUGUCCAACAAAGACUUCGUGCAUCUUCUUUUGGAGGCUUGCCCCGACCCCAAGAUCCCGAAUUUGCGUUUGCGCCAACUUGAUAUUGCCGACUUUACGCCGACGGACAACAUGUGGAAUUUUAAAUAUGGUUUGGAUCGCCACGUUCUUCCUGUUGCCGCGGAUGUUAAAUACCGGCUUUAA